GUUCCCAGUGGGCUGUGCGCAGAGGGCGGGCAUACAUUUUAUAGAUAUCUUCUGCCGGAAGUCCGCUCUAGUCCUGGGUCCCCUAACUGCUGCGAGAGCCCGAGCUGCCCAGGAGCCGCGGGACCGGGGCCGCUGGGGUCCGGACGGGGGUCGCCAUGAUCCGCUUCAUCCUCAUCCAGAACCGGGCGGGCAAGACGCGCCUGGCCAAGUGGUACAUGCAGUUCGAUGACGAUGAGAAGCAGAAGUUGAUCGAGGAGGUGCAUGCCGUGGUCACUGUCCGAGAUGCCAAACACACCAACUUCGUGGAGUUCCGGAACUUCAAGAUCAUUUACCGACGCUACGCCGGCCUCUACUUCUGCAUCUGCGUGGACGUGAACGACAACAACCUGGCCUACCUGGAGGCCAUCCACAACUUCGUGGAGGUCUUAAACGAGUAUUUCCACAACGUCUGUGAACUGGACCUGGUGUUCAAUUUCUACAAGGUUUACACGGUGGUGGACGAGAUGUUCCUGGCCGGUGAGAUCCGAGAGACCAGCCAAACGAAGGUGCUGAAACAGUUGCUGAUGCUGCAG